AUGUCUGCCGUCGCAGCUAGCAAAAGUCAAGGUGAUCAGUCAUCUCCCAGAAAAAAACUUGAAGUAAGUUCGAGCAAUGUCAUGUCUUCCGUCGCAGCUAGCAAAAGUCAAGGUGAUCAGUCAUCUUCAAGCCUGAAAUUUGAUGAUUGUGAAGACUCUGUGACUACUGAUUUGGAUAAGCCAUUCAUUAAUAAAGGUGCAGCUCUUGGUACACACCCUACAAGAGUUUUAGAAAAACAUGAAGGAAGUAAGAAGCAUAAAUUUUCUGUUCAAAGAUAUACAUGCUCACGAGGCAAUGUAAAUGUUUACAAACAAGUACAAAUGGCAUUCAGUGAUAAUGUAGAAAAAGAAGAUAAAAGAAACAGAGCUGUUGUUAAGAAGAUUUUCCAGUGUGUGGAUUUUCUAGUGAGGCAGAAGUGGGCAGUCUCUGAAAAUACUGAGAAAUUAGUCAGAUUUGUUGCCAGCAUGGGGGACAGCGACCUGAAGCCUCAUUGUGACAGUAGUUCAAAAAAAACAUCAUACUUGUCUUCUCAUAGUGUUACACAAAUGGUUCAGUGUAUUUCAGAUUUUCAUGAAAGAGAACUCUUGUCUGAAAUGAGAGAUAAAGAAUUUUCAUUGUUGGCUGACGAAAGUACUGACAUAGCCAAUAGGAGCCAGUUGUGUGUAAUGGCUAGGUAUGGAAAUUCAGAUGGCGAAAUUGCAACACAUUUUUUAGGUUUUGUCAAUCUAACAAAAGGCACAGCUGAAGCCAUAAUGGAGGCAAUUAAAUCAUUUCUACUUGCCAAAAACAUAGACAUGGCCAAAAUCAGGUUCAUUGCCUUAGACGGUUGCAACACAAUGAGUGGAGAGCAUAAAGGACUGCAGAGACGAAUCAGACACGAAAGUCCAUUCGCACUGUUUGUUAACUGUCGAAAUCAUCGCCUAGCCUUGUGCUUAGUCCAUCUUAUCAAAAGAUAUCCAGUACUUCAAGAAAUUGAUUCCACACUACUGGCACUAUGGAAGCUAUUUGAGUUUUCACCAUAGAAGCUGGCUGUUUUCAAACAUAUUCAAUCUGUCUAUGGGAAGGAACCACUUACUAUUCUUCGUGCAGCUACUACCAGAUGGUUGUCUCAUCUUCAUGCAUCUUCCAGAUUUAUUUCAAGAUACAACUGUAUACUUGAUACACUUGAUGCACUAUAUGAAGAUAAAAAAGACCCAGAGGUAUAUGGCAUCAGGGCAUCUAUAACAAAGAAAAGUUUACUGGCAGGUAUCUUACUCCUAUGUGACAUUUUGAAACCAGUACACAUGCUUUCCCUCUAUCUUCAACAUGAAGACAUAAAUUUUACCAUGCUUCCCAUCCAUGUCAAAGAAACCAUUGACUCACUUCAUCUACUGGUUGAAAACUACCAGAGAAAUCAGUUAAAUGACACAGAGUACCAGAAAUGUGGUGAGCUGUUCCUAGAAGUGGAUGACAGAACCAACCUUGCAAG